AUGCAGCAGAUGCUUCUCAAACAUCUUGUCACUAUAACUUUCUUGUGCGCAACGAAUGGGAUAAACGCCAAGAAAGGCGUUAAAUGUGGUGGUGUUCUCUCAGCACCACAUGGCAAUAUCUCAAGCCCAAAUUUUCCUGGAUUCUACCCAUAUGACACAGACUGUAUGUGGCUCAUAGUGGUAACAGAAGGAUCCUCUGUUCUGCUCACCUUCCAUCACUUUGAUCUGGAAUACCAUGACAGCUGUGAAUAUGACUACCUCAAGAUCUACAAUGGGGUCUCAGAAGACCAAGGGAACCUCCUAGGCAAAUUUUGUGGCACAAAUUUUCCUCCGCCGUUUACAUCGUCUUGGAACGUCAUGACCAUAAUCUUUCACUCAGAUAAGCACGUGGCCAGCCAAGGAUUUUCUGCAGUUUACCAAAAAGAUGUCUGUGGGGGUGUGCUCACUGGCCUUUCUGGAUCAAUAACAAGCCCUGAUUAUCCUGAGAAUUACCCCAACAAUGCUGAAUGCUUUUGGGUCAUCCAGGCAACUUCAAAUUCUGUCAUCAAACUGGUUUUUGUUGACUUCCAAAUGGAAAACAGUGAACAAUGCAGUUUUGAUUAUGUGGCGAUCUUUGAUGGGCCUACCAUGGGGGAUACACUUCUCAAUCACUACUGUGGGAAUAUGAAGCCUCCGGACGUGGUCUCUUCCACACAUGAACUGCUGGUUGUGUUCAAAUCAGACUUUAAUAUUGCAGGUAGAGGCUUCAAGGCCUAUUUCUUUUCAGGGUCAUGUCAAGAAGUGUACACAGCUGUCAAAGGAAAUUUCUCUAGUCCUGAAUAUCCCAACUCUUAUCCCAACAAUAUCAAGUGUCAUUGGGCCAUCCAGCUGCCCCCAGGAUAUCGAAUCAAAGUCUUCUUCCUGGACUUGGAUCUGGAAGGACGGAACAGCCUGACAGAUGGCUGCGAUUAUGACCAUCUGGCCAUAUUUGAUGGAGGCACUGAGAAGGCAUCUCUGCUGGGGAAGUGGUGUGGGAGAGAAAUGCUGUCUCCUAUUAUAUCCAGCCGAAACAAACUGCUAUUGGUCCUUCACACAGACCGGAACACAGCCAACCGAGGUUUCUCAGUGGCAUAUAUUGGAGUAGUCCCCAUGAACGUCAGCUGCACACGGACAGAAUUUCAAAUCCAGAUCUCCACACAAUCAGUGGCCCAGCUGGAGAGAAAUAAGAUAUAUUUAGGGACCCCAUCCUGCUCGGCUCAAGUCGUUGGCUUGAACUUCAGGAUACAUGCAAGGUUUGAAACUUGUGGUACAGAACCACAGAAAAGAAAUAACACGUCCAUGAUCAUCAGCAUCCUAUAUAUAGACUUUUCGGACGGCAAUCAGGAAGACAUUCACCAGUAUGAGGUGCAGUGUGAGCCUAAAAGGAAAGAGGCAUCUGUGAAUCUUAUCUCCGGGUCUGAUCCCUACAGGCUGAGCCAGUAUGCUGAGAACCUGGUGGAGUCCCAACAGCAGGAUGCAGAGGUGGCCGAAGUCUACGAGAGCAAGAGUCAGGACACCAGUGACAUCGUCUUCAUCAGCAUCUGCAUCCUUGCUGGGGUUCUUAUGGUAAUUGCUAUUGUUGGGUUAGUCCUGCUGUAG